UCAAGUGCGACAAGUCUCUCAGAAUGCAUCGAAAACGUAGCAUAGUGUUGGUGCUUUUCAUUGCCGGAUGUUUUUCCACGGUACUGAGCCUUCCGGUGGUGACUCAAAAACCUAAAGCACCGGAAAAAGAAGAAAAGCACGAAGAUAGCAAUGUGGAACGAAUGGAGAACAUUAUUGAGUAUAAUAAAUACCUCCAGGAAGUAGUGAACGUGCUGGAAAGUGAUCCAGUAUUUGCUGAAAAGCUGCAAAAGGCAGCAGAAUCUGACAUACGGUCCGGCGUGAUAGCCCAGGAGCUAGAAUAUGUCGGCCACCAUGUACGGUCACGUCUAGACGAGCUCAAACGGAUGGAAUUACAGCGACUGAAGGAACUGGCGACGAGGCAAUUCGAGUUGACGAACGAAAUCGACCGGGAUCACAUGAAGAUCAGCGAGCAUCUGGACCAUUCUAACCCGCACACGUUCGAGAUUGACGAUUUGAAGAAGCUGAUCUUGAAGACGUCCCAAGAUUUGCAGGAGAACGACCGCCGACGGCGAGAAGAAUUCAAGCAGUACGAGUUGCAGAAGGAGUUUGAGAAGCAGGAAAAACUGCGCACUCUCGACGAAGAGCACCGGAAGGAGUACGAGGAGGAUCUGAAGAAGCAACAGGUAAAACACGACAACCAUGACAAGAUCCACCACCCGGGCAACAAGGCGCAGCUGGAGGAAGUAUGGGAAAAACAAGACCACAUGGACGGACAGGACUUCAACCCAAAGACGUUUUUCAUGCUGCACGAUCUGGACGGGAACAAUAUGUGGGAUGAGAACGAGGUAAAGAUGCUGUUCAUCAACGAGCUUAACAAAAUGUAUCAAGCCGGUGCGCCCGAGGACGACAUGAAAGAACGAGCGGAGGAGAUGGAACGUAUGCGGGAGCAUGUGUUUAAAGAGACCGAUACGAACAAGGAUGGUCUGAUCAGCUUCGAGGAGUUUAUCGAGCAAACGAAGCGGGACGAAUUCCAGAAGGAUCCCGAGUGGGACACGGUCGACCAUGAGCAACAGUUUACGCACGAAGAGUACCUGGAGUUUGAGCGACGUCGUCAGGAGGAAAUUCAGCGUUUGGUUGCGGAAGGCAAACUACCGCCCCAUCCCAACAUGCCCCAGGGUUAUCAUCCUGGUCCGAAUGGCCAAUACCAAGUUCAUCCGAAUGCCAUUCCCCAGCAGCAGGUUCCUCAUUAUCAACAGCAACAGCAGUAUCACCAGCAGCAAGAACAACAGCAGUAUCACCAACAGCAACAACAGCAGCACUAUCCGCAACAGCAACAUCAGCAAGGGCCACCUCCACCGCAAGGAUACAACAACCACGGUCAAGCGAUAAAUGUACAUCCGAAUCAGAUAUACGAUAACGUGCAGCCGCAUCAGAUUCAUCCGAAUCCUACUUACUCCGGUCAGCAAUCGACGGUGUACACGGGUCAACAACAAUCUCCUCCGCAGUAUCAGGCACAACCUUCUCCCGCUCAGCAGCCACAGCAACAUCAGCAGCCACAGCAACAUCAGCAACCACAGCAACAUCAGCAGCCACAGCAACAUCAGCAAGGAGCGCAGCAACAAUAUAAUUCGAAUCAAAUUCCGCAAAACCAACCAAAUCCUCAGUACCAGCAACAACAACAUCCUAACAAUAUUCCCGUACAGACAAACCAGCAAUCUCCUCCCGCUUCCCAGCAACAGCAGCCAGCUCAGACUAAUUCGCAACCAUUGCAACAGCAGCAGCAAGCUCCUGGAAACGUUGCCGCUCCACCACAACAUCAGCAACAGCAACAUCAGCCAUCUCCACCUGCUGCAGCUGCACCUGCACAACCUUCCGUGGUGCAGGUGAAACACUAGAAGUAGAGGAAAACAUCAAGCCAAACAGAAAUUAACAUAAAGGAAAACAUAAACUCUUUCAAAUACUAACGCAUAUAUAUAUACGCCAACAAUGAAAAUUCCAUUUUUUAACAGUUUGAAGCUGUCACACGUUUUGUGCAGCAAAACAGAUACAUGUAGAUAGGAUAGGAGAUUAGCUAGGACGGUAAUUCGUGGCAAGCAUGGGCAGAGCCAUCCCAAAUCCACAUUUUACCGUGAAGGGUGGUCAGAGCGGUUGCAGCUCGUUUCCACUGAAAAUAUAUCAGCCUAGAACCGAAAUUAACUUGAAUAAUACAUUGUGAUGCAAUUAUUGUAGUAUAGUGAAACCUGUAACUUUAAAUGUUCUUUUUUAUUCCUUUCUUUUUCAUUUCCACUGAACUAAUGUAACGAGUAACAUGGGGUGUUUCAGUAGGGAUUUCCUAGCUUUUAAAAAUUCGGAGUCUCUUGCCAAAUCCAAUUAAAUGUCCUAAGCGAGCAAUGUUUCGCGCGCUAAGGUUUCCUAUACUUUCUUCAGCGACGAGACCCAAUUGUUCAUGAACGAUAACAUUUUGUCUUACUCAACUUUACACAUUGGAAAUGCUUAAUGGAACACCCUACACAUUGUCAAUAAAGUUGUAU